AUGGGGAUUGCUGUCAGCCGGCUGUGGAGCCGCCUGUUCGGCAAGCGCGAAAUGCGCAUCCUCAUGGUCGGUUUGGACGCUGCAGGAAAAACAACCAUCCUGUACAAGCUGAAACUCGGCGAGGUUGUUACAACAAUUCCCACCAUUGGUUUCAACGUCGAGACAGUGGAGUACAAGAACAUCUCCUUCACUGUGUGGGAUGUCGGUGGGCAGGAUAAGAUCCGCCCUCUGUGGCGCCACUACUUCUCCAACACGCACGGUCUGAUCUUUGUCAUCGACAGCAAUGACCGCGACCGCAUUGAAGACGCGCGCGAGGAGCUCCACCGUAUGCUGAACGAGGACGAACUGCGCGACGCCGUGCUGCUCAUCUUCGCGAACAAGCAGGAUCUCCCGAACGCGAUGACCGCCGCUGAGGUCACCGAUAAGCUGCAUCUCCACAGCAUCAGACACCGCAACUGGUUCAUUCAGUCCACCUGCGCCACAACUGGCGACGGCCUCUACGAGGGCCUCGACUGGCUGUCGAGAACUCUCGCGCAGAAAAACAUUGAUUAA